AACAAUUUCAUUAAGCACUCACUUUUAUCAUUAUUUAACUAGUACUUAACUCAUGCUACGCACGAAAAACCUACUUAAAGAGAUUUAAAAAAAUAGUACUAAUAUUUUCCAAAGAAUUUUUUCCCUCCCUCUAUCUCUCACUUAGUAAUGGUCUUAUCCCUUAAUGUUUAAUGUUAUUAAAUUUAUAAUUUUCUCUAUUAUUUAAUUUUUCUUUGCAAACGUAUAUUAAUAUAUGAUGAUGCCGUAAAUAUCACCAGUGAGCUACACAAUCUUCGCACACUGUAACGAUACCUGCGCAGUAAAGAGAGAAGACCUAACAGAGAGCACUGGUGUGGUGCCGGCCGAAUACCCUCCAAAUGUCAAGUUAGAGCUAUUCUCACAAUUCUAGAGUGCUAGAAAAGGGUCAAUUAUGUGUACCUUGAUUUGUGAGGGUAUUGGGGCUUUUAUAGUAGUAGAAGGUUAACCUCUCCUCCUUGGUGUAGAAGUCUUUUCCUUAUAGGAAUCCUCUUGAAUAGUCCCAAACGUGAUGGACAAAACAUUUCCUUAUAGAGAAAAUAUUCAUUAAUUCGCGUAUCUUCCAGAAUCCUCUUUGUGCUAGGGUUCCUAUUUGCCUUGGGAUCCUGUGGUGGUUAAGUUUGUGUCGCAAGUAUUUCCAUCUAGUGUUUCAGGCUACCACGUGGGUGCUUGAUCCAUUCCUGUUGCAUCUGUUUAUAUAGGAUCUGUCCAUAACAAACCUUUGCACAAUUGGGCUCGUCCUCUAUCGGCUCUUGGACGUAGAUCUGUCAGGCCCACUUCAUGGAGAUCAACCUAGAUUUUUACCCUCUUUAGUUGCCCCCUCACCCCAUGGGUUCGUCAUCUUUGAGUGGAAGGACUCGUGGGGUGACGGUUCAAGAUUCAGGGGAUGAUGGUUCAAAGGCCUAUGGGUCGAUGGUUUCAAUACAGAUGCCGUGAACUGUGCCAACCCCUGACAAGUUGUCCGGAAGCCAUUUAUGACGCAUGACAUGUGUCGCUCUCCCAUUGGAUUUUAUCUCGGAUCGAAGCGUCGCUUCGUCUUCCAUGCACUUCUUCUAUAUAUAUCACACUCCUUCUCCUCUCAUUUCUCUACUUUUUGCUAAAACGCACUGUCAGAGCACUUCCGUCAUCCUUGUCAGAGAACACUCCGUUCAGUUUCAGUAUCCGUCAUCAACGACCUUCUUCCGUUCACUCGCUAACUUGGUAAGUACUCUCUUUUUCACAAGUCUCUCUUAUCCUCGGACAUACUCUUUUUAUUUUCCUAGACUUUAUAUAGCCGUCACCCCUUUUAGACUUGUUAAAGUCUUAGGUUUUGUUGUCACGUGUAGGCAAUGUCUAGUGCGUUAAGUAACCAGUCAGUUGUCCAUGACGGGGCGGAUUAUGAGAAAGUAUACCCGUUAGGUCACAAAGACCAAGAGAGUCCAAGCGAAGAGAGGAGUCCGUCCACCUCUUCCUCAUCCUCAACAAAUGAGGAUAUGGAGAUGGCUGAACCAGAGGAGGUUUCUGAUGAUGGCGAGGAACAACCAAUAAAAUCUGUCAUAGGUGUUGAUGGACUUAGGGAGUUUAUCAUGUUACCGGAAUGGACGGUGAAUAAUUUUAGGUCCACCAUCAAGGAGAAACACUUCAACACUCUUAGGGCCAAUUUCCAAAUUCCAGAUAACAUCCUCCUCCGUUUGCCCUAUAAGUCAGAGAAAUGCUACUAUGAAGGAGUAGAAGGUGUCGAGGUGUAUGAACAGAUGCUGAAGGCAGGACUUAGGUUUCCACUAAGCCCCCUUCACCAUGAGCUUCUCAAAUACCUUGGCCUAUCUGUCAACCAAGUAUCCCCAAACGCCUGGAGGGUCUUCAUAGCAUUGGAGGUCCUGUAUGGUGCUAUGUCAAACGGUGUUAGGAGGCUGACAGUGUGGGAGUUCCUUCACUGCUACCAUCCAAAUGAAAUAGACAAAUCAAGGAAGAUGUACAGUUUUGUGCCUAGGAGUCCGUUGUUAAAGGUUAUAUUUGAAACCCCAGAUUCUAAUAGGGAUUGGAAGAGCUGUUAUUUCUUCCUAGAGGGUGAUGAGUGGAUGCGUCAUCCAGGGGACAUGGAACACAUGCCCGUCGACACGACUUGGGGCAUACUGCAUCUGUCUAGUAUGCUCCCGUCUUAGUUUGUGAACUCUUUACAACCGUUCAGUUUUAUUAUAAUUUUUAACACUUUUAACCGUCUACUUCCUUGCAGUUAGAUGGCGUCCAUAAGUCGAACUUGAGGAGUUCAACUUUCUCGAGAGAAUUUUUGCCAAGACCAAGUCGGAGGAAAGGACUUGGGCAAAAUUAGUUACACUUGAUACCAUCCAUUGGUAUUGUGAUGGACCUGAACCAUCGUCGGCAGCCAUCAAAUAUGACGCCAAAAUUCGCAGACAAAUGGACGAUGCUAAGAGAAGAGUAAUGAUUAAGGCAUAGGUUGCCAAGAAAAAGGAGUCCAGCGAUGUGGCUUCUAAGGGGACGGGCUCAGGCAACCCGUCCACAAAAAGGAAGCAGCUGUCCAAAGGGAACUGUCCUCCCAAGAAGUCCAAGGUCCCUUUGGAGCCCGUUGUAGGGCUAAUGGCUGAGGGUGCAAAGACGGUUACCCCAGUGAAGCAUGGGGUUGGCAAAGGCCCUAUGAAGGCUCCGUCCACCAGUUAAGAGAAGCCGCCCGUCCUCCUCCGCGAAGACUCAAAAUAUACCUUGGAGCAGCUUUCGUCCAUCAUAACGUCGGAGGAUUAUGAGGACUUAGGCAAUCACUCCAUAGAAGCAAUGGGGGAGACGGGACUCUUUGCAAUCGCUUAGGCAAUCUUGCCUGUCGGUUUUUCGUCCGUCCAUUCCACUUGGCUUUCCAUCUAACCCCCUUUUUUUUGUGUUUCAGGCUAUGAUUAUGAUGAAAGGGCUGAUGGGACGGUGUCUUAGCCGUGAGAUGGCCUUGGACCGUGUGCGGGCAAAGGCAGAGCUGACGGAGGAUGAACUAAGUCAGCUUAAAAACUGGAAGUCCACAAUGGAGAAGAAGUUUGAUCUCUUAGAGAAGGUGAGGAAGGAGCUUGAGCAGAGCACGGAGGAGGUGAAGAAGGCCCUUGAGGACAAGGGCAAAAAGGUCCGGGACCUGAAGGAUCAGCUCUGUUAGGCUAAGGAGGUGGCGAUACGUGAGUACCGCGACUUCGACGCCUUGCUGUCUGAGCUUGGAGACUCUUAUAUGCAGGGUUUUGACAAUGCUCUCUAUCAGAUUAAGAAGGCCUAUCUUGACCUGGAUGUGUCAAACAUUAAAGUUGAAAAUCAAGCUCAAACCUCCGUCAUGCCCGUCUCCUUAGAGAACACUGAGGAUCUUUUUGCUGAGGAUGCAACUCAAGUCGACGGAGACUCAACACAGGCACAGAAUGCUCGAGAUCAAGUCCAACUUGUAGUUGAUGACACCCGUCAGGAGAAGGAUGCAGACCCUCAGGAGUAGUGGUUUUUUCUUUUUUCUUUUUUAUUAUUUUUUUAUUUUUUAUAAGUUGGGAGAACAAUCCUUUAAUUUUAUCCGUCAUUAUGUAUAACAAUUUCCCUUCAAGGGUUUUCUAUU